GAUUGACAUGGAAACACCAAGGCAAACACCAGAAGUCAUGGAUGAAACCAAUACAAUCUGUGAUGAGUCAGAAGUUGAGUCAGACAAUUCAGAACAAGAUGAUGAUGGUCAGGUAGCUCAACACUGGGAUGAAACAGAUGAUGAUAUUAUUCGGGACAUUACCAACAGGGAUGAAAGACAUGGACAGGAAAAAAGGAAGUGGUUCAAGAAGACAGACGUGAACUUGGGAUACCUUCAUCCAGUCACUGUUUGGCAGAAAAGAGUGCAGAAUGAUGGUCCUGCUUCCUACAUUCCUAUUCAAAGGAUACUUGGAAAGUGUGCCUGGACUAUCAAGAAACAUGGCCAUCAACAUUUCAUGGUGGUGUCACCUCUUCCUAGGCGUGUGUUUUCCUAAGAACCACAAAGUGAAAAAUAUUCUGAUACAUGGAUUAAUUUCAUAAUAUAGGGUGUUGUAUUUAAAUUUCUUCAUGAACAUGAGUAAAGUUACAUGCUGUGAGGAAUCAAGGUAUGUUUCUGAAAAGUAUUAUUGACUAAGGGAUAUUUGGUUAUU